CAAAAGAGUUACAGAACCCCACAAACUCAACUUUGCCUCCGCAUCCCAAACCCUCGUAUAAAAAAAAACUGCUUUCUUUUCUGAUCUCUAGAUUCUCCACAACUUUACUCUUACUCUCUCUCUCUCUCUCUCUCUCUCUCUCUCUCUCUCAUAUUCUCAUGGAAGCCCUUGCAAGCUCUGUGUUCACCCCCAAGUUCCCAGAGACAUGUAGUUCAUCCUCUUCGAUCAGAGCUCCAAAUAAGCGAAUUGGGUCUCUCAAAAUCUCUGAAACUCCUCACUUUCCUGGCCUUCGUGCUCUUGCUCUCGCACGUGAGGUUCCAGGUGGUGAUGGUGAAGAGGCCGGGCCUUUGAAUAAUGGGUUCGGCUUAGUUUCUGAAGAAAGCUUUUCUUUUUCUCAGGAUAAUUUAAAUCACAAUCAAAGUUGUGAGAACGAUGCAGAUGAGGGACAAAAAGUGGACAUGCCUCUUAUAGCCCCAGGUGGAAGUGUAGCUGGAGGUGGAACCAGAGCUGGGCUAUUUCGAACACCAAUUUCUGGUGGAGUGCAGAGUGCAACCUCAGCUCAUGGUUUACCUCGACCAGCCUUAGCAGUUCGCAAUCUGAUGGAGCAGGCCAGAUUUGCUCAUUUGUGCACUGUGAUGUCUCGGAUGCACCACCGACGAGAAGGGUAUCCAUUUGGUUCUUUGGUAGAUUUUGCACCUGAUUCAAUGGGGCAUCCAAUAUUUUCAUUUUCACCAUUAGCCAUCCACACAAGGAAUUUGUUAUUUGACCCAAGAUGCACGCUUGUUGUGCAGAUACCUGGAUGGAGUGGCUUGUCAAAUGCAAGGGUAACGAUUUUUGGUGAUGUCUAUCCACUUUCAGAGAAUGAACAGGAAUGGGCUCAUAAGCAAUACAUAGCAAAGCAUCAACAAGGGCCUUCUCAACAGUGGGGGAACUUUUACUAUUUUAGGAUGCAGAACAUAAGUGACAUAUAUUUCAUUGGAGGUUUUGGAACUGUUGCCUGGGUUGAUGUAAAGGAAUAUGAGAUACUUCAGCCUGAUAAGAUAGCAGUUGAUGGAGGCGAGCAAAACCUGAAGGAGCUGAAUGCAAUAUUUUCAAAGCCCCUGAAAGAGCUUUUGUCCGCUGAAUCUGAGGUAGAUGAUGCUGCUCUUAUAUCAAUAGACAGCAAGGGAACUGAUAUCCGGGUCCGGCAAGGUGCACAGUUCAACAUACAAAGAAUAUCAUUUGAAGAAGGGCAUGCAGUUGAAACAUUAGAGGAAGCCAAGGCUGCUCUUUGGAAACUAAUAAACAAAGGCCGAGUAUGCAAUUUUCAGUAGAAGUUGAUUUGCAUAUGGGGUAUCCAAGUUCUUCCUUCUGAGACAACAAGCUCAAUCAAGAUGAUCAAUAAGGAGUCUCACAUCUGAGAAUAAUCAUUUUCUUUCUUCUUCGUUUUGACUUACCAUCUGGCUUUGUAAAACUUGCAGGCCUUGUGAUUUUGGGCAACGUGGACAAUUAUAUACAAGUGUAUGCAUAGGAUUUUUGGUAAAUAGAUUUUUAGUUCCUCAUUUAGGUCAAGUUUGGCCAUGCCUGAAGCAUUUGUAAGAAAAUAACUGAAAACUCAAUAGAAAACUAACGUGGAAAAACAAGGAAUUUCUAGCUUGCCUGAAA